AUGCAUCCUGCACGCGCACUUUUAGAUAGUGCCUCCCAGCCAGAUUUGAUGAGUAGCCGUUUUGCUAACCGGCUAGGUAUCAAAUCGGGCACGGUCGACAUCACGCUGAUUGGUGCUGGUCAAUCGUCCACCCCGGUGCGGAAAUCGAUGCGCACCACGGUAUCAUCCAGAGCGAGCCCUUAUGCGAUUAACGUUGAGUUUUUGAUAGUCGAGAAGCUUAUUGCUGACCUGCCCGCACAUGAUGUGCCCACCAGCGGCUGGAAAUUACCGCCACAUAUCAUAUUCGCCGACCCCCAUUUCGAUAAGUCGGCACCGAUCGACAUUAUUCUCGGUGCCCGGCACUAUCACACGUUCUUUGUAAGCGGGGCGCAAUAUAAAAUGUCAUCGAAUCUACCAGUCCUGAUGGAGAGCGUAUUUGGCUGGGUCGUGAGUGGAUCAGCACCUACCUCUCAGCCAGCAACAUCCAAUACUUUUCACACUUCAUCCGUGGUGUGUAUGGUUUCAUUAGAAGAAUCAAUAGAGCGUUUCUGGAAAGUAGAAGAACUACAGGUUAACGAUGGCUAUUCUCCUGAGGAUCGCAAAUGUGAGCAAUUUUACAAAGAUACAACACAGCGAGAUGAAGCUGGUCGUUAUAUGGUAUGCUUACCUAAACAAGCAGACUUCGACGAUAAGCUUGACCUUUCGAAGGCAGCAGCAUUAAGGCGGUUUAGUUUGUUAGAAAGGAGGUUAGAACGAGAUCCAAACGUAAAAGCGGCGUACCAUGAUUUCAUGCAUGAGUAUCUGGAGCUUGGGCACAUGUCACGCAUAAAAAAUCCCUCCGACGACGAAUGCGCGUAUUAUCUGCCUCACCAUCCCGUGUUCAAAGCCGCUAGCUCCACAACAAAGGUUCGCGUGGUAUUUGAUGGUUCAGCUAAGACGUCCACCGGCUUUUCGCUAAACGAGGCGUUAUGCGUCGGCCCUGUCGUGCAGGACGAUCUACUCGACAUAAUUUUUCGCUUCCGCACAUAUAAGGUAGCCGUUGUUGGAGAUAUUGCGAAAAUGUAUCGACAAGUAUUCCAUCCUAACGACCGGAAAUUUCUACGCAUUUGCUUUCGAUUUUCGCCUCACUCGCCAAUCGAAUAUUUUGAGCUGAAUACGGUUACUUAUGGCUUAGCCCCCUCAUCAUUCUUGGCAACCAGAACAUUGCUGCAGCUUGCAAACGAUGAGGGCGCCUCUUGUCCCAAUGCUGCAGCUGCUUUGAAAACUAACUUCUAUGUUGACGAUUUCAUCGGUGGUGCUGAUUCCAUCGGAAAUGCUCGCCAGUUGCGAAUCGAGCUUUCUCAAUUGCUCGCCAAGGGCGGCUUCGAGCUGCGAAAGUGGACAUCCAAUCAGCUUGAGGUGCUCGCCGGUUUAAAUGCGGAUCAAAUCGGCACACAGUCAGCGCGGCAAUUCUUACCACACGAGACGGUAAAGGCUCUUGGUGUUUCAUGGGAGCCAGAGCAUGACGUUUUAUCCUUCGAAUCCGCAAUAUCCAGUGAUGUGUCCAUUCCGACAAAGCGAUCCAUUCUAUCCAAGGUAGCUCGCAUGUUCGAUCCGCUGGGCCUGAUCUCCCCGAUUGUCAUUCGGGCCAAGAUGAUGAUGCAGGAAUUAUGGUGGCAGAAAGCUGGUUGGGACGACUACAAGCGAUUGCUGCGUAUCGUAUCAUACUGCAUUCGCUUCACACGUAACGCUAAGGAAAAGGCACGCACUCAGCGAACAGCAGCACAGCACCCCGCACCUUUAAUCGUCACACCCGAGUACAUGGAAACAGCAAACACUGUGUUAAGCCGCCUAGCACAGCAGGAUGCAUUUUCAGCUGAACUCGGGCAGCUCAAAAAGGGAAACGAAGUCAUGAGGCAAUCACCUUUACGGGCACUAAGUCCAUUCCUUGACGAACAAGGAAAGGAAUCCGUGUAG